AUGGAGUCGUCAAGGUCGUCAAGGUCGUCAAGGCACGAGAGAGACAGGAAUCGGCACUACCGCUCCCGAUCUGCUUCCUACGAUUCCGGGGAAGAACGCCGUCGACAAAGACGCAGAAAGGAAGCCGAGCGCGAAACCGGUGAUCGGCACGGCGAUGAACAGCCUGAUAGGAGGCACAAAGGACGCGAUGAUGGGAACGGAAAAUACGACGACGGAGACAAGAAGCGGCGGAGUUCUCGUAGCCCUGCAGAGGGAUCUUCUCGGCGAAGAAGAGAUCGUUCCCCAGCAUAUCGAGGUCGUGGCGAAAGGGAUACCAGGUCAUCAAGGGAAGGCUCUGCGACACAGAUGAGUCGAAAGAGCAAAGGCCCACUUCCAUCUCAGGCCGCGUCAUUUCAGCAGAACAGGGACCCUUCGAAGGAAGUUGCGGUUAUUGGCGAUAACGACGUGCCAGAAAAGCAGAAGCCAAACUUUGCCCCAACGGGUCUGCUAGCAGCAGCAUCGAAUUCAAUCACCCAAGCUGAUGGUACAUCGAUCGCUCUCAAGUACCACGAACCGCCUGAAGCUCGCAAGCCACCUGCGAAGGACGAAUGGAAGCUCUUUGUAUUCAAAGGCCCUGAUAUUCUUGAAACGAUCGAAUUGAGCACUAGGAGCUGUUGGUUAAUUGGUCGAGAGCUGUCUGUGGUGGACAUGGCCGCCGAACACCCGAGUAUUAGCAAGCAACAUGGAGUCAUUCAGUUUCGAUAUAUCGAGAAGAAGAACGAGUUUGGGGACAAGCUGGGCAAGGUCAAACCUUAUCUCAUCGACCUCGAAUCCGCCAAUGGCACAUCACUUAAUAAGGAGGAAAUUCCUCCUAGCCGAUACCUGGAGCUACGAGACAAGGACAUGAUCCAAUUUGGACACAGUACGAGAGACUUCAGCACGAGAUUCGUCGUUCAAAGGCGAAAAGGCGAAAAGGCGCCGAAGCCGGCAUCGGUACCAAAAUGUUUGCGGCUCUGGAAAGGCGGCGCUGUCUCAUCAACAGCAGUCAUCGGUGCUCGUGAGUCACUCUAUCAAAUGGUGGUUCGCCUUGAUCUUCGUUUCCGCUUCUCGCCUCAUCUGCUAGGCGUUAUCCAAACUGAUGGCCGCGUUGCAAGCGUCAUUGAAGCCCCGGGCUGCUUUAGGCUACCGGAACGGGUUGAGCGACGAGUCUUCUCACCGAGUCUUCUCACCGAGUCUUCUGCUACCGAUUUCCGCCGCGAUAUACUAUUUGUCACAAUGCAAUCCGGCCUUUCCUAA